GGAGUGAGGCCAGCGCUGAGAGCGCGCGGUCAGGCAUCGCUAGGGGCAGCCCGCCGCUCCCUCUGGGCUUCUGGAGUAAUUGGGUUUCCCCACGUGCUUCCGCUUGGCUGCUGGCUGGGAUCCGCUGGGUUCGGGGUGCAGUGAUAGUCUUUCACCAUGCAUCGGAAGAAAGUAGAUAACCGAAUCCGGAUUCUCAUUGAGAAUGGAGUUGCUGAAAGGCAAAGGUCUUUGUUUGUUGUAGUCGGAGACCGAGGAAAGGACCAGGUGGUCAUACUCCAUCACAUGUUGUCCAAAGCAACUGUGAAGGCUCGGCCUUCAGUGCUGUGGUGUUAUAAGAAAGAGCUGGGGUUUAGCAGUCAUCGGAAGAAAAGAAUGCGACAGCUACAGAAGAAAAUAAAGAAUGGGACGUUGAACAUAAAGCAAGAUGACCCCUUUGAACUCUUCGUGGCGGCCACAAACAUCCGCUACUGCUACUACAAUGAAACCCACAAGAUCCUGGGCAACACCUUUGGCAUGUGCGUUCUCCAGGAUUUUGAAGCUUUAACUCCAAACUUACUGGCCAGAACUGUGGAAACAGUGGAAGGUGGUGGGCUGGUGGUCAUCCUCCUACGGACCAUGAAUUCGCUCAAGCAGUUGUACACAAUGACCAUGGACGUGCAUUCAAGAUACAGGACGGAGGCCCAUCAGGAUGUGGUGGGACGGUUUAACGAGAGAUUUAUUCUCUCUCUGGCCUCUUGUAAGAAGUGUCUUGUCAUCGAUGACCAGCUCAGCAUCCUGCCCAUCUCCUCCCACGCUGCCAGCAUUGAGGCCCUACCUCCCCAGACCCCGGAUGAGAGUCUUGGUCCUUCUGAUCUGGAGCUGAAGGAGUUGAAGGAGAGCUUGCAGGACACCCAGCCCGUGGGCGUGUUGGUGGAUUGCUGCAAGACCCUAGACCAGGCCAAAGCUGUCUUGAAGUUCAUUGAGGGGAUCUCUGAAAAGACCCUGAGGAGUACUGUUGCGCUCACGGCUGCCCGAGGAAGGGGGAAGUCUGCAGCCCUGGGAUUGGCUAUUGCUGGGGCAGUGGCUUUUGGGUACUCCAACAUCUUUGUUACCUCCCCAAGCCCUGAUAACCUCCACACUCUUUUUGAAUUUGUAUUUAAAGGAUUUGACGCUCUGCAGUAUCAGGAGCAUCUGGAUUAUGAGAUUAUUCAGUCUCUCAAUCCUGAAUUUAACAAAGCAGUGAUCAGAGUGAAUGUAUUCCGAGAACACAGGCAGACCAUUCAGUAUAUACAUCCUGCAGAUGCUGUGAAACUGGGCCAGGCUGAGCUCGUUGUGAUCGAUGAAGCCGCCGCCAUCCCCCUGCCCCUGGUGAAAAGCCUCCUGGGCCCCUACCUUGUGUUCAUGGCAUCCACCAUCAACGGCUACGAGGGCACUGGCCGGUCCCUGUCCCUCAAGCUGAUUCAGCAGCUCCGUCAACAGAGCGCCCAGAGCCAGAUCAGCACCACUGCUGAAAACAAGGCCACAGCGACAGCCAGACUGGCAUCAGCGCGAACGCUGCAUGAGGUUUCCCUGCAGGAGUCCAUCCGAUACGCCCCCGGGGACGCGGUGGAGCAGUGGCUGAACGACUUGUUGUGCCUGGAUUGCCUCAACAUCCCCCGGAUAGUCUCAGGCUGCCCCCUGCCUGAGGCCUGCGAGCUCUACUACGUUAACAGAGAUACUCUCUUUUGCUACCACAAGGCCUCCGAAGUUUUCCUCCAAAGGCUUAUGGCCCUCUAUGUGGCUUCUCACUACAAGAACUCCCCCAACGAUCUCCAGAUGCUUUCUGAUGCGCCUGCCCACCUUCUGUUCUGCCUCCUGCCCCCGGUGCCCCCCACCCAGAAUGCCCUUCCCGAAGUGCUUGCUGUCAUCCAGGUGUGCCUGGAGGGGGAGAUUUCUCGCCAGUCCAUCUUGAACAGCCUGUCUCGAGGCAAGAAGGCUUCGGGGGACCUGAUUCCAUGGACCGUGUCCGAACAGUUCCAAGACCCAGACUUCGGUGGCCUUUCAGGUGGAAGGGUUGUUCGCAUUGCUGUUCACCCGGAUUAUCAAGGGAUGGGCUACGGCAGCCGAGCUCUGCAGCUGCUGCAGAUGUACUUUGAGGGCAGAUUCCCUUGUCUCGAGGAAAAGGUCCUUGAGACGUCACAAGAAAUUCGUACCGUCAGCAGCGAGGCUGUCAGCUUGUUGGAAGAGGUCAUCACUCCCCGGAAGGACUUGCCUCCCUUACUCCUCAAACUGAAUGAGAGGCCUGCUGAACGCUUGGAUUACCUGGGUGUGUCCUAUGGCUUGACCCCCAGGCUCCUCAAGUUCUGGAAGCGAGCUGGGUUUGUUCCUGUGUAUCUGAGACAGACCCCGAAUGACCUGACUGGAGAACACUCGUGCAUCAUGCUGAAGACACUGACUGAUGAGGAUGAGGCUGACCAGGGAGCCUGGCUCCCGGCCUUUUGGAAAGACUUCCGAAGGCGGUUCCUAGCCCUGCUGUCCUACCAGUUCGGCACCUUCUCGCCUCCCCUGGCUCUGAACAUCAUUCAGAACAGGAACAUCGGGAAGCCAGCACAGCCAGCACUGUGCCGGGCCGAACUGGAAGCCCUCUUCCUCCCCUAUGACCUGAAGAGGCUGGAGAUGUACUCACGGAACAUGGUGGACUAUCAUCUCAUCAUGGACCUGAUCCCAGCCGUCUCCCGGAUGUAUUUCCUAAACCAGCUGGGGGACCUGUCCCUGUCUGCGGCCCAGUCAGCUCUUCUCUUAGGCAUUGGCCUCCAGCACAAGUCUGUGGAUCAGCUGGAAAAGGAGAUUGAGCUGCCCUCAGGCCAGUUGAUGGGACUUUUCAACCGGAUCAUCCGCAAAGUGGUGAAGCUAUUUAAUGAAGUGCAGGAGAGGGCCAUUGAGGAGCAGAUGGCGGCAGUGAAGGAUGUGGUUAUGGAGCCCACGAUGAAGACCCUCAGUGAUGACCUGGAUGAAGCAGCAAAGGAAUUCCAGGAGAAACACAAGAAAGAAGUGGGGAAGCUGAAGAACAUGGACCUCUCUCAAUACAUAAUCCGUGGAGAUGAUGAAGAAUGGAAUGAAGUUUUGAACAAAGCUGGGGAGAAUGCCUCCAUUGUCAGCCUGAAGAGUGACAAGAAAAGGAAGCUGGAAGCCAAACAAGAACCCAAACAGAACAAAAAGUUGAAGAAAAACAGAGACAUGAAGAAUAAAAAAGAUAUGAAACUGAAGCGGAAGAAAUAGGAAGGUGGGCAUCCGUGGCUGAUGCGUAAGGAGAGGAGUCUGACGUGCUGAGCUGUCUCUGGCUGGACCGGGUGGAGGCCUGGAUGUUAAAAGCAACGAAGUCCCCAUCAGACCCGGAAGCUGCCUAGGAGUUCAGUCCGUGGGCCAAGCUUGGCUUAAGGCGACGUCCCUUCUGUGCUGGUCCGCUUAGAACUGGACGGUUGGACAAACCUCUGGUGCUGCUGAGGGCCUGCCUCCCCUCCCCCUGUCCAGGUCUUUUUCCCCCCAUAAGUUCACACUUUGCUCUGGGCCCAGCUGUUUUGGCCCCUUCCCACCUGUUGGAGCCACGCUGACUCUUGUCCCUUCUCAGACAUUAAAUGCACAACCUUCUGGUGAUGCUCAGGAGGCCCCUGAUGGAGCCCUGGGCCUCUCGUCGUGGCCUAGAGUAGCAGGAGCUCUGGUCCAACCAUGUGGCCGCGGCAGGUCACUGUUCUGUGCGCUGGGCUUUGCUCUGCCGUGAAGCAUUCCUCUCCUGGCUCCGCAGGCCUGCUGCCCUGUGUCCUUGGAGAGCUUGAGCUCUUCAUUUAGGAAAAGACUAUGACAUUGAGUCCCCAGAUCUGUUAUUUCAUCUAUUUGGGAAAAAAUGUGCAAGACCAUUUUGCUAGCAGGGGUAAGGGAGGGAUAGAGAAUCUAUUUUUAAUAAAUAACAAGCUAGAAAGACCAA